AUGGCCAGGACAAGUACCAUAAUUAGUGAGUCGUUCAUUAUAAUGGACAAGGACGCUGACGGGUUUGUAUCCUUAAACGAGUUAGUGUAUGCCUUAAGAUUCAUCGGAAUAUCGACCGAUUAUAGCAAGCUGUAUCAAAAUAAUAAAAUCACUUAUAACUUAGAAGAGUACUCCAAGAUAGCAAGGAAGGAGCUGGGAAAGCUGACCCCUCAAAAAAAAUUAAUACACACUUUGAAAAAUUUAGACAAAGAUAACACUGGCUAUCUAAACGUAGAUACAAUAAUUUUUUUAGUUAUGACAAUGAGUAAUGUUUUAUCUGAUGAGGAUUGCAAUAAUUUUAAGAAGUUUGUUGAUCCGGACAAUAAGAAUUUAAUACCCUUAGAAGAAUUUGCGCAGAAGAUAUUUUCUUGA